AUGUCGUUUCCCGGGUUUACUGAGUUCUCGAUCGCUAUCGAGGGUUCUGAGACCCCUGUGAACAUUUUCGGUGUGCACAAAAAGGGGCCCAGCCCCGAUAGUGCCGCGGUGUUGCUGGUGCACGGGUUCCCGCAGUCGCAUCUGAUCUGGCACAAGAUAGCUCCUAAACUGACUGAGAAGUACUCAGUUGUAGCCAUUGACCUUCGAGGUUAUGGAAAAUCGUCCAAGCCCAGUAGCAAGGACGAUUCUAGCCAUAGUUUGUACAGCAAGCGUUCAAUGGCGAACGACUGUGUUGCAGUGAUGAAGUCGCUGGGAUAUGACCGGUUCUAUUAUAUCGGUCACGACAGGGGUGCCAGAGUCGGUCACCGACUGUGUAUCGACCACCCCAAAAGUGUCAUCAAAAUCAUUUUGCUAGAUAUAGCUCCUACUCUGGCUAUGUACAUGGCCACGGACAUGGAGUUCGCUACAGCCUACUUCCACUGGUUCUUCCUGAUCCAGCCCAGUCCUUUUCCAGAGACAUUCCUCACUUCCAAUGCGGAGUUCUACGUUAACAAUGCCCUUUCAGGCCAGCUCAAGUCGUCCAACAAUUUCGUGCCGUCUCAUGUGUCGCAAUAUAUCAACGUCCUCGGCACUUAUGAGGGUGCCCAUGCUGCCUGUGAAGACUACCGAGCAGCUGCAACAAUUGAUCUCGAACACGAUCGCAAAGACGUUUCGGAGAACCGCAAAGUCACAGUGCCAAUGACAAUUCUCUGGGGAAAAGACGGAGUCAUCGCCAAACAGUUCAAUGGCCUAAAACUAUGGAGCGACGUGGCCGACUCGGUCGCGGGUCACCCUGUCUCCUCAGGCCACUACAUCCCAGACGAUGCUCCAGACGACGUUCUCCAGACGGUCGAGGCCUUCUUCUAG